UGAAGGCUGGGCAGUUAAUUACUGCCGCGAUCAAUUGGACGGCAGUUUCCCUCAUGGCCGGGGUGGAAGCGGGAGGCGAGGCGACGACGAUGGGCAUCGCUGAUUCUGCGCCCGUCUCCAAUGGUAAGAUGAAUGCUUUGAAAAGGCCACCAGAAUCAUUUGCUGAAGAAGAUGAAGCAAGAAGGCAGAAACGACAGAAGAUAGAGUGUCAAGGCUUCACAUCUAGAAGAUAUCAGCUUGAUGUCUAUGAGGUUGCGAAGGAGCGAAACACGAUUGUGAUGCUUGACACAGGGGCAGGGAAGACCAUGAUUGCUGUGAUGCUUAUCAAGGAGUUCGGGGGGAAGAUAGACAGAGCAAUUAACGAUCCAAAGAUCAUCAUAUUCCUUGCAACAACAGUUCAGCUUGUCACACAGCAAUUUGAGGCCAUCAAAACCCACACAGAUUUUGAGGUGGAGCUCUGUUAUGGUGCUAAGGGGGUUGAUCCGUGGACGGCUUCUGCAUGGCAAGAAAAAGUCUCAAAAUAUCAGGUCAUGGUGAUGACACCAGAGGUGUUUCUACAAGCUUUACGUAGUGCAUUACUGAUCUUGGACAAGGAGUUCUAUCACAACUCUGAACACAAGCUGAAGGUGUUCGGCAUGACAGCAUCGCCUGUUAUAAGAAAAGUAUGAUGCGUCCAUAACAAUGUUGCAGAAUAAGCCAAACUACCAGAAUAAAGAAGGUGGUAAAAUAGCUACAGAAACACGGAGGCAUCUAUCUAUUUCUUCAGCAAAAAUCUUAUAUUGCCUCAAUGAUGUUGGUCUUCUAUGUGCAACUGAGGCCACCAAAAUCUGCAUUGAAAGGGGCCAGAGGAAAGGUUGGAUGGAAGAAGUUUGUAAUGCCACAAAUAUGCAAAAUGAUGCAAAUGGUUCUUUACAGAUUGCAGAAAUAUCAGCGAUUCAUAUGAAGUUCUUGGGGGAUGUGUCACAUCUACUUCAGAAACGCCUCCAGCAAGGUAUCGACGUGCUUCUGAACUCUGAGAGUGGAUGUGCGGAGGCAACAAAAAAGGGUUAUAUUUCACCAACGCUUUACGAACUCAUCCAAAUCUUUAACUCUUUUAGAUAAAUGCUAU